GGGACGUCCCAAGGAUCCCGGAUAGCAAGGAUAGUGGACGGCAUCCCAGAGUCUUGGCAAACAUGCACACACCUUUAAAAAACAGUGUUGCCGGGUAAAUCAGUACUCUUUUAUACAGACGGUAUGCACCGGUUUUCAGACCCAUAUUAAGCCUAUUCCUGGAAUAAACAUGGAGAUUCUCUUAAAAUAUUAUUGCUCAGCAGGGACCACAGUAUGCGGACUCACAGAGAGAAAACACUACUUUAACAUUACUACGCCACCCUCUGGACUGGAAGCUGCACUGCUCUCACUCGUUCUGUAUAUGCUGUGUUCCGUCAUGUUCUGAAGUACUGUCAGCUGGCUGGUGGGGGCAGUGAGGCUGGCUGGUAAAAUCAAAUCUGUUUUCUACACACACACACACACACACACACACAAAGGCACCUGUCUGGAAUGUUCUGGUCUCUGAUUGGUUAACCAUAGAGGGAGAGAGAGAGCAACCUGACAAACUGUUCUUAGGUUUCUGAAUCUGAGCCACAAGGUUAGGUUAGGUUUCUGACUGAGAUAAUACCUGUGGAAAAGCAGACAAGAGUUCUGGUUCAUUGAGGGAGAAGAUACAUAUUCCGGAAGUCUCCACUCUGAAACCAACAAAGACAGGACACUAGAACAGCAGAACCAGUCAACCAGUGCAGCAAAAGCCUAUUCUACAGACAGGUCAGAACCGUACAGGACAUCCUAGAACAGAAACCAGCGUUCUAGAACAGAACAGGGUAUUUUAGAACAGGACAGGACACACUAGAAGAGGUACAGGACAUUCUAGAACUGGACAGAACACUCUCGAGGAUGAGGAACCUCCUGACCACCGAGAACCAGAACUGUUACCGGGAGCAGAUCGAGAAGGAGUGCUACACCCGGCUGGCCUGGAAGAGCCGCUACGGACGAGACUACCCCACCAGUUUCGUCUCCCGCAGGGCCAAUGAGCAGAUAAGGCUGAGGCUCCCUGAGCUCCCCCUGACCACUAAGACCAUCCUGCCUCCUGUGUUAUCUACCCUGGAGAGGAGGAGAGAGGCUGCAGUGCCCAUGGACAGGUCACUGAGCGAGGCUCCCCUGAUGAGAGAAGUGACACCCCAGACCAAGGAAUCUCUCUACCAGGGUUUUUCCAAGGAGGGGAAGGGGCGUAGCUUGUACCUCCAUACACGCACCCAGAAAGGCCCAGAGGAGAAGUUUGACUACCCUCUACUGUCUUCCUGGGACUACGGAUGGAGACUGGGUGACUACGGAAGAGACUACAGGUCGCCAGCCAAUGGGAGAUCAGGAGUCGUGAGGAACAAUUUUUACGCCAGGAAUGGAAUAUUCCAUUUUCCCUCCGAAACGGAUCGUCUUGGAUGACGAGCGAAAGGCUUCAUUUUUCAGCUGGUUUUAUACUUUAUUCUUAAAUUCUCUCGAUAUUGAUGAAGAUGAACUUUAAUUUGUUUUUCGCUGUAUAAGCAUGCUAUCUUUGUUUGAUUUAUAACAAAUAUAUUCUCUUCUAUAGGAUAUACAGAUGUGUGUUAGCUAUAAAUUAUGUUCAUAUGCAAUUCUUAUGAAAACACUGUUACUUUACAUAUACAAACUGUUAUAACUGUUGGAGAAAAUGUGUUAUAAUAUAUGUUUGGAUAAACAUUUUCUAGUUA